UUACAUAAACUCCAAUACGCACUAGGUAUGGAUACGUAGUACGUAGUAGUAACAUCCAGUCCAAAUAAUCGGUACCAGACGGUCCAGACCCCGAAUGCUAAACACUUGUCGCUAUCAAAUCACUGUCGCCAAAUACUUUCGGAAUACUUUCACACUCAACUCAGCAUUUACCAACACUCACUAACUACAUGAACGGCCUGAUCUUGUCGAUCGUAUUGAAUAUAUGAAUUUGUUCAUGCCCAUAAACUAAUACUUCAUCUCGCUCUAUCAAACAACUCUUCUGAGUACUGCCAAUCUGCUUUCUCUUACUGUCAGAUUCGGCAUCAUUGGUUUCUAAUCAUGGACCAAAACGAGCAAGAUGGCCCAAGCCUGCCGCCGCAAGAGCAGAUGCGCCAAAGGCGCCUGGCAAAACUAGGUGCCUCAAAUGCGACGUCAGCAUCAUCGAACCCCAAGUCCGAUGAUAACACGAAGCCCGAGACCUCGACAUCCUCAACCCCUUCGACCCCUUCCCACAAACCAAGCUCCUCAAGUUUAGAGAACAGUCAACCUAGCUCUUUACCAAACAAACCAGCCAACCCCACCUCCAAUAACCCAUUCUCUCAACUAAGUGUAAAGAGUAAGCCUGGGUCUGAGAACACCACAGCUGGGACCUCAGCUUCGCCCUCUAAGAAGAUGCAUGCCGCCGAGGAGAAGUUAGAGGACUGGUCGAAUAGAACUCUGGGUGACAUAUUCCGCGUCACCCUAGACGAGACCAAGGCAUCCGACAGCAAAGGCACGAAGCUAACCUAUCUUCCGGAGCUCAAAGCCGAGCUAGAGCAAUCCGGGGACCCUACCAAACUAACCGCCUCGUCGAUCGACUCGGCGAUACUAGAAGCAGCCAAAUAUGUCCCUUCCAGCAAGCCGCUUCUUGACUAUCUUCUGCCAUGCUGGAAACGUGUGGUAAAAGCGGCCAAGCCGACUAGACCUCUUCCACCCGAGAAAGCAGCCGUCUUGCAAGAAGCCAAGCGACUAUGCAUGAGCAAUUGCAUAUUCGCGCUCACCAUGCCCGAAUAUUUUAGUCGUGAUCCCAAUCCUAACCACGAUUCUCUCGUGCCUUAUCUUCUCCGCGCGCAUGACAACGAGGAUGGCAUCUGCUUAGACUUCUUUGACGAAGCCGUCUCUCGCAUUCCCGAAGACGAGACAGUUGCGGCGAUAUUCACAGAUGCUAUGGUUCUCAUGAGCAAGAAACUUGCUACAAUGACUAUGAAUGAUGACUAUAAGCCAUACAUCAACUGUCUUCUCACGUAUGCCAGAUGCCCGCCCUUACUUAAUGCUCUCGUAGGCCAUCCUCACUUUCAGGUGCACCCUACUACAAACAUGACAAAAGAGCAAUUGGCAGUGGCCAGCGAGACUCAGACAAUCUUGGGCCCUUUCUUUCGCAUCUCGCCUCUUCAAACCGAAGUCACCAAGACCUAUUUCGCUAGUCCACGAACCAUCGAUGCCGGCCACGUGAAGUCGGCGCAGAGUGCUCUCCAGAUGACGUUGAAAGCUCAUCAAGAUGACUUGACAAUUAUUACUAACUGCUUCAUCCGUGCGAGCCUCAACUCUCGAAACAGCAUCCUCGACUGGUUUGCAUUCAUCAUGAACUCGAACCACAAAAGGCGAGCACUCCAAGUCAAGCCCACGGAUGUAGCCUCAGACGGUUUUAUGAUUAACGUAACGGCUAUCCUCGACCAGUUGUGCCAACCUUUCAUGGACUCAACCUUCUCCAAGGUAGAUAGGAUCGAUAUUGAAUAUCUCCGACGAAGUCCUCGAAUCGAUAUUAGCGACGAGACUAAACUCAACGCCGACCAAGCCACUUCGGAGGCAUUUUACAAGACUCGCGACCCAAAUCCUUCCAAUUUUAUAUCAGAGGUUUUCUUUCUGGCCUUAGCUGCUCAUCAUUAUGGCCUUGGUGCAACCAAUGCGAAACUGAAGGACCUCGAGAAGGACAUACAGUAUGUGGAGAAAAUGAUUAAGCAGAUGGAAGAUGAGCUACCUAAGUUGCAAAACGAUGCCAUACGCCUUCACGUUGCAAGACAACAUCAUCAAAAUGCGGUCAACUCGGUUGAAAGGCACAUAGCACUAAAACUGGCCAUAGAAGGAGUUGUGCUGAAUCCUACAAUGCAGACGUUAUCCUUGCAGUUUAUGAGAUACGUGUCCGUGUGGCUUCUACGAGUUGCAAGUGGAACAGACUACAUCCCAGGCAAGGAGUUUCAGCUUCCUCUCUCAGCUAAUAAGCCCGAGGCUUUCAGUUGCCUACCGGAGUACGCUCUUCAGAAUGUGGUCGAGAACUUCAAAUUUGUUUUUCGCUUCUUGCCGCAGAUCCUCAUGUCAGCUGUCGGGGACGAAAUUAUCACAUUAUGUAUCACCUUCUUGAGGUCUUCGGACUAUAUUAAGAACCCCUAUUUGAAGUCAUCUCUUGUCACGUUGCUUUUCUCCGGCACGUGGCAGCUAUACCACCUUAGCAAGGGGGUAUUAGGUGAAGCCUUAGUCGGUUCAAGUCUCGCCAACCAGCAUCUUCUACACUCCCUUAUGAAGUUCUAUAUCGAAUGCGAGCACAGUGGUGUCAGUUCAGCCUUCUACGACAAAUUCAACAUCCGAUAUGAGAUCUUCCAGAUUAUUAAGUGUAUCUGGCCAAAUAGUGUGUAUAAAGAACAACUCAGUCGGGAAAGCAAGGUCAACAAGCAGUUUUUUGUGCAAUUUGUCAACCUGCUGCUGAACGAUGCAACAUACUUGCUAGAUGAGGCAUUAACAAAGCUCGUCAUCAUUCAUGACUAUCAGAAGAAAUUGCUGGAUCAAACGAUAUCUCUCGAGGAGAAGGAGAAGAUAAGAACGGACCUGGAGACGGCGGAGCAGCAGUGCCAAUCAUGGAUGCAGCUCGUCAACGAUACCAUGGGAAUGAUGAAGCUCUUCACCGCCGCUCUACGCGACGCGUUCACCAUGCCUGAGAUAGUCACUCGACUGGCAGGUAUGCUUAACUACAACUUGGAAUCCCUAGUGGGUCCCAAACGAGGCAACCUCAAGGUGCAGGAUGGAAAGAAGUACCAUUUCGACCCCAAAACGCUCUUGUCUGAUUUCAUCGAUAUUUAUCUGAACCUGGCACCAAAGACGGCCUUCAUCGACGCAGUCGCGGCUGACGGCCGCUCAUACAAACCGGCCAACUUUCAAAUAGCGUCCCACUUGCUGAAAACCAGUCUUUCAAGGCCGGACAUCGCCAUCGCCUGGGAUACGCUGAUACAGAAGUUUACGGAAGCCAAGGAACGUCUAGAUCAGGCUGAAUUGGACUUGGGCGAAAUACCAGAGGAAUUUGAAGACCCAUUGAUGGGUGACUUGAUGACUGACCCAGUAAUUCUACCAUCGCAGAACAUUGUCGACCGCUCAACCAUUACUCAGCAGCUCCUCUCCAACCCGCUGGACCCCUUCACCCGAAGCCCAAUGACUAUUGACGAUGUAGUCCCGGCCGAUGACUUGCGUACCCGGAUCGAGGAAUGGAAGGCUGAGCGAAUUGCGGCAGCAAAGGGUACAGCAGCUGAAGGAGAGGCGAUGGAUGUCACGGCUGGUUGAGAAGGGUUCUAAGCAGCCAACUCGGUAUACGUCGCACUUUGCAUUUGUCAGGGGAGGAAGGGCUUAUUCAUGACACAUUUGGGGAGUGGGUGCAUACAAACGGCUUUCAGAAAGGGAAGGUUAGAUGCGUAGGUACCUGGGUAUGCGCUUGUAUUCCUAUAGAUGUUGGCGGUGAUGAUGUAGAGGAAUCAUAAUGCCAGUAACAGCAAUUACCCUUUGCGCAGCUGCAUUUGGUGUCAACUCCUUUUGCCCCUUUUGUAAUAUGCUC